AAUUGUAACCCCGGUUUCCGAGAUGAUCUCCGAGCCGCCUAUCAGUACUUACAACGCAUAAUCCUUCUAGUAAUGCUACUCCGAGAUCACUACCCAAGUACUCUUGUAAGAUAAUGGUCAGUGUUGUCUUAGAAAUGUGAACAUUUAGCCUAGUACCUAUAUUUCUAAGAUUGAUUGAGUGCCUACAUGAGUAUCUCUAGUAUCAACGUAAGCGCUAAACGACCGUCCUAUAGGUGAUCAUGUCGCCAAAUCCACUGGGGGCCAGGGCCGCGCCCGCUGUCCGCACAGCUGAACCCCCAAUAACUGAGGGGGUUGGUAAUCCCCGCUGGACAUUGUAGAACACCAGCCUUUCCAUCACGGGCAAUACCUAGGUAGCCAGAAAAAUGGUCGCGACGACUUACGAAUACCAAUCUCUCAAACCAGACUCUCAUGAGAUUCGUGUAUUACAGAUUCAUCCGACAUGGCGAAGGUUUUCGACAAUUAAAUGUAGUCUUGUCAUUGUGAACCUCGACGAACUUGGCAAUGAUUCGCUACCUUUCAGCUUCUAUGAAGCCUUAUCGUACACAUGGGGUGACCCAACGGGCAAAGUCGAAAUUAAAUUAGAUGGUCGUCCAUUUGAGGUGACCCGAAAUUUAGCAGCAGCACUUCGACGUCUAAGAGCUAAAAGGGGAUUUCGAUUCCUUUGGGUUGAUGCGGUAUGCAUCAAUCAAGCCGAUGAACAAGAGCGAAACAGUCAAGUCGCUUUAAUGGGUCUCAUUUAUCGGAGAGCUGAACAAGUACUUAUUUGGCUUGGCCAAGAAGCAGAUGGGAGCAGAAAGGCGAUGAAGUUGAUUGAUAGUAUAUCUGAUAUCGGCGUCGAGGAAAGCGAUAUAGAGGCCUCACUACUCAACGACGCACAUUACGCAAGAUGGCAGGACGUCGUUCGACUAUUUGAUAGAUCAUAUUGGCGACGGGUAUGGGUUAGACAAGAAGUCGCUCUCGCUAAAGGGAUCGUUGUUCUCUGCGGCGACUAUAUGAUGAGCUGGGACGCACUUAUCGAAGCAGCUGUCUUUCUCAAUGAACAUGCGACAGAUUUCGAGCCGAUUGUAGCAGAACUCACUCGGUAUUCGAGUGGGUAUGGAGAUGCUAUUGGGAUGGAUAUUCUACGGGAGAUGAUACUGAAAGAUAAUGAAAUCCCCCUAGAAGAUGUCGUUCUGCAUCUUCGCCAAUGUGAGUGUACUGAUCAACGCGACAAGGUUUAUGGCGCUCUCGGUUUAGUUGGUCCUAAAUCCCACGUCCCAAUUGACUAUGGACUGGAUAAGGUCACGAUAUACACGAAAGCAGCAAUCGCCGCAAUCGAAUCCAGCGGUUCCCUAAACAUCAUAUGCGCAUGUCAAGAUCCAGCUCGCAGUUCCGGGCUUUCGUCAUGGGUACCUAACUUGGAAGUCGAUUGGAUAGCCCGUAAGCUUAGGAGGACUGAGAAUCUCGAUUCCUUGGGCUCAGCUGGUGGGUUUGCGGCUCCUAAAUUUUCAUUCCAUUGUUGGGAUGAAGGAGCAUUUACACUAAAGGCCCGCGGAGUCAUUGUCGAUGUGGUGUCGGAAAUAUGCUCUGAAUUCGAUCAUAGUGAUACCAUCUUCGACGUAAUGGAAGAAUGGCGCACUUUAGCUAUGAAAACACUAUCGACGCUUCGUCCUCCCCCAUCAGCUGAAGAAAUGCGUUCACACUUUUGGCGGACUAUCACUACAAAUGAAGAGCUACGUGGACUAGAGGCCUCUGAUAGCUUCAUAGCUCAAGCUGCUAGUCAUAUCGUUAAAAGUUCGUCAGAUGCGAUACCUCCUAUCGACUUGCGAUACGAACCUAGUUCUUUCAAUGAACGGUUUCGGGCGGAUGCCAUGAAUCGCCGCUUCUAUGCGACGAAGAAGGGUUAUAUAGGACUUGGGCCGUCAGACGCGAAGACAGGCGACCACGUCGUGGUACUCCUAGGUAGUGCAUUACCGGUAAUCCUCAGGGAAGAGGGAGACCACCAUGUCCUGGUCGGAGAAACUUACACACACGGGAUCAUGAGGGGUGAAAUAGCUUCGGAUCUGAGCGAUGGCUCUCUUCGCACCGUUGAUUUCGCGAUUCACUAAAACGAAAUCUUAUACCUUUA